AUGGGUUAUGAAUGCAGUCCGGAAUAUGCAGAAAAUGAGGAGCAGAAGCAGAGGACAGAGCUAAGGGAACGCUAUCUCAGACUGUUGUCAUUCCUCGGCGGCAGAGAGGUAGAAGUGGAAAUGCUUGAUCGGACUCAUGUUACCGGCAAAUUUAUGGCGAUCAAAGCGGACCAGACGCACUACAUAGUGGACUCGUUGAAAACACCAAUUGGAGUGGUCAAGCGUGCCGCUUUACGCAUGGACGACACGCUUGUUAUUAGUACCGAUGUGACCGAUGUAUUACCGCAUUUUCGAGCAUCUUCCUGUUGA